AUUGUAUUCACGUGGCCGGUCACUGGUGGGUUAGAGCAACCUCAGUCUGAUUCGACGCAAGUGCAAGGACCGGAAGGCAUAGCCCAGGAUGCAGAGGUUCUGGAUACGGAGCCAAAUAGCCAGACACCCAUGAAGAAGGGCGGGUUCUUGUUUCCUGGAGGGAACGCAACGACCCCCGUGCCAGCAAUUCAAGUAACGCCUCGUGAGGAAAAACCCCAGCAAAAAGCUUAUGUCGCACCGAUCGAAAGAGGCGGACUAUUGCUCCCUGGAGGGAACCCCGUCAUGAACAGUUCUUCGACCUCAAACAAUCAACUGGCAACCGCAACCCAGAGUCAACCCGAUACUACCCCGAACCCUAAGCCCAAGGAAAAUCUUCAGAAGAAGGAGUUGGAUAGAAUAUUGAGGACACAAGAGAGGCAAAGGAACAACCAACCUCAACCGUUGCGUGAAUCUCCGAGGUCCCAGCCUGGAUCUGUGCAGCGCCCCCCCCAAGCGAGGGACCGAGAUGAGACACUGGGGGGUCCAUCGCGGAUGAAUGUAGUGACGCGUUCACAAGCUGCUCUGCGGGAGGCUGUGCGGGUUGCUUCAACGUCGUCGGCAAUUGCACACGAGGCUGAAAAGCAAGAAACACGGGACGAAAAGGAAUGAUUGAGUACUUCGUUGGCUUGGUAUAAUCGACUGAGAAGAACCGGUAGAAGCAAGAAAGCACGCAUGACCCUUUAUGG